GUCGAUUUUCUCAGAAGCAGUAGUAUGAAGUGAAUCUCGCCGAAACGAGCAAGAUGUCCUACCUUCGUGGCUCCAUGAAUUAUGUCUGGUGCACAACCAGUGUGCUCGGCAAAGGAGCUACCGGAGCUGUGUAUCAGGGUGUCAACAAACACAAUGGAGAACCGGUGGCUGUCAAAACUUUCAAUCAAGUCAGCCAUCUGCGACCGCCAGAAGUGCAAAUGCGGGAGUUCGAAGUUUUGAAGAAAGUCAAGCAUGAGAAUAUCGUCAAGCUGCUUGCAAUCGAGGAAGAAGUUGACGGGCGCGGGAAAGUGAUCGUGAUGGAAUUGUGUACAGGUGGGAGUCUUUUCAAUAUCCUCGACGAUCCUGAAAACACCUACGGAUUGGAAGAAACAGAAUUUAUUCAUGUUCUCGCGCAUCUCUCUGCGGGAAUGAAGCAUUUACGAGACUUGAAUAUGGUUCAUCGAGAUUUAAAACCCGGAAACAUCAUGAAGUUCGUUGCCCCUGACGGCAGCACCAUUUACAAGCUCACUGAUUUCGGAGCUGCAAGAGAGCUUGAUGAUGAUCAGCAGUUUAUGUCUCUCUACGGAACCGAAGAAUACCUUCAUCCAGACAUGUACGAACGCGCGGUGUUGAGAAAACCUGUGGGAAAAACGUUCAACGCCAGUGUCGACCUCUGGUCUAUCGGAGUGACUCUUUUUCACGUUGCAACUGGACAGUUACCGUUUCGACCCUUCGGUGGGAGAAAGAACAAAGAAACUAUGCACUACAUCACGACGGAAAAGGCGUCUGGUGUGAUAUCGGGGAUUCAGACCUCGGAGAACGGACCUAUUGAAUGGAGCAGAGAUUUUCCGGAUACUUGCUUGUUGUCGAAGGGACUCCAGACUCAUGUCACUGCGUUACUGGGUGGCUUGAUGGAGGUAGAUCCGUUGAAGAUGUGGACGUUUGAUAAAUUUUUUGCCGAAGUCACGAGAGUCUUGGCUCGAAAGCCCAUCAAAGUAUACUGUGUUAACACUACCUCGAACAUCACUGUUUUUUUGGACCCUACGACGGAAACGUUUGAAGAUUUCAGAAGACUAAUACAGAGUCAGACAAAAGUUAUUCCCGACGCGCAGAUUUUGCUUCGCAAUGGGUUUAUAUUGGAUGGUCUGGAUGAACAAUGGAAACGAUGGCAGAGUGGUCAAGCUUCUUCCAGAGCGUUUCGGACAGCAUCUUUCACACCCCAAACCCCAGACCUCGAAUCCAUGGCCAUGUUCGACCGAGAAGACAAUAACGUGCGAUGCACCACAAUCACUUCGAGUGCAUCGCGACUUCCCAAAUUCCCCAACUUCCCUACGGUGAUAUCCGUGGAAAACGAUGCUUCCACAGCCAAAGUCACGUGCAGUGUCGCGCACGCAGUGAAACGCGUCGUGGAAGACAUCAGAGAAGCUCAUUCGCGAAGCUACGAAGCCGUCGGCUGGCUCACUGAAGUCGUUGUCAAGCGUACUCAGGAACUGUUAGUGAGAAGUGAAGAAGCUUUAGCCCUGGCCCUGAGCCUGAAACAGAGACUGUUGCUGGCAAAGGCCUCAGCCUCGGCUGUGUUUCCCCUGGCCGCGUCUUCGCGUAGUGACAAUGUGGACGAUUUGUGCUCUCAGUUGGAGGAUCUCGUGAGUGACAAAACGGCGAGUUGUUCCACUGUGGAACACCAGCUCACGGGUAUUUACUCGUCCAUUUCGUCGCUGCAUCGGAAACUGGUGGACGAAGAGAGUAUGAGAAGGCAGUGGAACGAGGCGCUCGAGGAUGCCGAGAAGGAGCUUAUGCAAAGUGCCGCGUCGAAUACGAAAAACGUCGUUCAAAGGGAUUUCGACGUCGGUAAAGCGUUUAAUAAGGCUGCUACUUACGUCGCCAAAUUGAGGGAAUCUUGGCAGCACUUGUUGAGGGAUCGUGCCGCGAGAAAUCUCACUUACAACGAUGAGCAGUUUCACAUGCUGGAAAAGAUAAAAAUGCAGGAAACAAGCAAGUUGAUACAAAGCCUACUGCAGCAAGAAUGUGUGCCUACAUUGAAUCACAUUGCGGAUGCUUUGGCAGAUUGGUUCAAAGCCGCUCAAGUGAACUUCGUUCAGCUAGAAGUCUUGGAAAAGGAUCUGGUUUUAGCGUCUGAUGCUACCAAAGUUCUCGCUGCGAAUCUCAAUCUUGCUCAGGAUCGAUUUCAGUCCGGAUUAUCUGUGCUUUCCUCUCGUCUCAGUUUGUCCGUGGCGAAAAAGUCUGAAACUUCGUCUGAGAAAAAGAAGCGGGCUUCUCCCACUGGAGGUGCUGAUGGUUCAGCUGCGUCUCCGAGACGUCCACAUCGUAACCAAGUGCCCAAAGUGAAGUCAAACAAGGACUACGUCAAGAAUACUGUCAACAGGUUGAAUGAAAUGUAUGCCGUGCAAGCAGAAGUGUGGGACAUUUUGCAAGAGAACAAUGAGUUGAUUGCCGAGUUUUGUCAAGUCACGACCAGACUGGCUGGGGUAGACCACCAACCACCUCCCCCACCACCAACCACAGCCUUUGUUGCGAAUGAUGAAGAAUCGUCGCUGGUGAAGAAGAAAUGAAGCUUAUCUUUUUUUUUAUGUGUGCUUUGUGGAUUAUGUGAAAAAGAAACUACACUGUGAGGCCUUGAGAUAUCAUUUAUAAAUUCGAGAAUGGUACCAAAGAUGCACGUGAAAGCCGUUUUGUCUGGAUUCUGAUUGAUUGUUAUAUUUUUUGCGAUGCAAAAUAUUUUUAUGCUACGUCUUGA